AUGGAUAUUAAUCAAAAACCUAUAACAUCAUCUUCUUCCUCUUCUUAUUCGUCUUCUGACUCCCCUAAAAAUCCCCCUCCUCCCCAGUCUUCUACUUGUUCCUCUUCCCUAUUCCCCCCUUUACCUUCUCAACGUUUCCAAACAGAACAAAAAAAUUUUGGAGGUUUUCCAUUUUUAACCAAUCUAAAUGGCCAUCCAUUCCCUCCCUUUCCACCCUUUUUAUUACCUCCACAACACUCUUUUCCACAUGGCCAUCCAAUACAUUUUCUUCAUGGAUUGCAACAACCACCUAAUUUUAUUUCUGGAUUGCCUCUAAACGGACAAACUUCAUCUAUGGGUAAUUUAGCGGCAGUAAUUAGUGCAGCAUCAGCCGUUAUAAAUCCGCAAAACAAGCAACAACAAAAUACUCCACCUAACGAUCAAACAUCCUCUUUAAUAAAUGAAACCUCCGAGUCUUCGGAAGGAAGUUGUUCACCUAUUGAGGCCAUCGAUGACCCCCAAAUUAGUCCAAGCCCAAAGACCUCAAAAUGUAUCGACGCUGCCUCGUUAACAUGUUCCGUCUGUGGGGAUAUUUCUAGCGCCUGUAAUGGCUGCUCAGGCUUUUUCAAGCGAAGUGUUCGACGGCGUCUUAUCUACCGCUGUCAGGCUGGAACAGGAACAUGUGUAGUAGACAAAGCUCAUAGGAACCAAUGUCAAGCUUGCCGGCUCAAAAAAUGUUUGGCAAAAGGAAUGAAUAAGGACGGUCAGUCAAAACAAACAAGCAAGCUGGAAAUAUAUAGAUACUCGCCAGAAAAUAUCUUCCGGAAAUACAAACUUUUCCGGAAACAUAAUUUUCCGGAAUAUAUUAUCUAUGUUGAAUAA